GUUAGGGAGGCUCUGCACCUCAGCCGCCGCCUGUGUCGCCACUCCCUCCCCCUCUUCCGCGUCUCCGCCGCCACCACCGCCGGGGGUAUCCGGGGGUCGCUUACCGGGCUGGCCCCGCGCCGCAGCCGUAGCUUUAACCUCUCGUCAGCGGCCGCCCCAGGAAGAGGCUUCCCGGCCGCGGAGCCAGUUGGGGCCUCAGUUCUCGCCCUCUUGCCGUCGCCGCGGGUCCUGGAGAAGCGGCCGCGGCCAGGGAACGGGGCAUCGCGGUUCCAACGAUUAACUGCUGAAGUACUGAUCGAGUUCUGCAUUUCUUCAAUGAGGAACUACAGGCUGAUCUUCUGCCAUAAUCUCAAACAGCCAUAAAUGACAAAAGAAUGCUUGCUCAGUGAGGGUAGCUGGUGCAGAAGCCAUUUUUUAAACUUAGGUAUUUAAGUACUGAAAGAAAAGACAGCUUUGAUUUCUGGCUGCAAAAAAGAUAUGAGGAAGAGCUCCUCCCCUUCCUUGAGUAACUGCAACUCCGUUCUUGCUAACAAAAUAUUUGGAAUUCCACUUGAUGAGCUGCAGCAGGGAGGACAUCCAGACAAUGAGGUUCCAUUCAUAGUCCGCCACGUUGUGGACUAUAUUGAGGAACAUGGAGGUCUGGAGCAACAAGGACUUUUUCAAGUCAAUGGAAAUGCUGAGACAGUGGAGUGGCUUCGGCAGAGAUACGACAGCGGAGAAGAGGUGGAUUUGGUUAAGGAAGCAGAUGUUCCCUCAGCUAUUAGCCUUCUUAGAUUUUUUCUUCAAGAACUUCCUGAACCUGUUAUCCCUGGCAGUUUACAUAUUCACUUGAUGCAGCUUUCUCAAGAUUAUAAUAAUGAAGAUGAAUUUGGAAGAAAGUUGAGGUUCCUCUUACAACAGCUUCCACCUGUUAAUUACAGUUUGUUAAAGUUUCUGUGUAGAUUUUUAGCCAAUGUAGCAUCACAUCAUGAAGAAAUUUGGUCUGCAAAUUCUUUGGCUGCUGUCUUUGGUCCAGAUGUCUUCCACAUUUACACAGAUGUGGAAGAUAUGAAAGAGCAAGAAAUAGUGAGCAAGAUAAUGGCUGGAUUUCUGGAAAACUACUAUGAGUUUUUUGAGAAUGAAGAGGAAGAUUUUUCAUCUAAUGAUUUGAGUUCAAUUACUGAACAGGUUAAUGAACUUUCUGAGGAAGAAGAGGAAGAUGAAAAGCUGGAACAUAUUGAAGAACUUCCAGAAGAGGGUGCAGAAAAAUCAAAUGACAUGCCAGAGGUGGUACAAUUAAGGAUGACUGAAAACAUCCUGGAAUCAAAUAGUGUUACGGCAACAACAAGCACCCAUAUAUCUCCCAUCAGCAUCCUACCAGCCUCUACAGAUAUUUUAGAAAGAACAAUUAGAGCAGCUGUGGAACAGCACCUUUUUGAUCUGCAGAGCAGCAUAGAUCAUGAUCUUAAGAAUUUACAACAGCAAAGUGUGGUGUGUAAUAACGAAGCAGAAAGUAUUCAUUGUGAUGGGGAAGGAUCUAAUAACCAGGUUGAUAUUGCUGAUGAUAUUAUUAAUGCCAGUGAAAGUAACAGAGACUGUUCAAAACCUGUGGCUAGCACUAAUUUAGACAAUGAAGUUAUGCAGCAAGAUUGUGUAUUUGAGAAUGAAGAAAAUAACCAGUCUGUAGGUAUAUUGUUAGAGCCAUGCAGUGACCAUGGUGGUAGUGAAGAUGGCUGUCUUGAGAGGGAAGAAUAUUUGUUAUUUGACAGUGAUAAAUUGUCGCACUUGAUUCUGGAUUCUAGUAGCAAGAUAUGUGAUUUGAAUGCCAACACUGAAUCAGAAGUACCAGGAGGUCAGAGUGUUGGUGUUCAAGGGGAAGCAGCAUGUGUCAGUAUUCCACAUUUAGAUCUGAAGAAUGUUUCUGAUGGUGAUAAAUGGGAAGAGCCAUUUCCUGCUUUUAAGUCUUGGCAGGAGGACUCUGAGUCUGGAGAAGCUCAGCUGUCUCCACAAGCUGGCAGAAUGAAUCAUCACCCCUUGGAAGAGGACUGUCCUCCAGUAUUAUCACACCGCAGUUUAGAUUUUGGGCAAAGCCAGCGUUUCCUACAUGAUCCAGAAAAGUUGGAUUCCUCAUCUAAAGCACUGUCUUUUACUAGAAUUCGAAGAUCAUCCUUUAGUUCAAAAGAUGAAAAGAGAGAGGACAGAACACCUUAUCAGCUGGUCAAGAAACUUCAGAAGAAAAUCAGACAAUUUGAGGAACAGUUUGAAAGGGAAAGAAACAGCAAGCCCUCCUACAGUGAUAUUGCUGCCAAUCCAAAGGUAUUAAAAUGGAUGACAGAGCUUACAAAACUGCGGAAGCAAAUUAAAGAUGCAAAACACAAAAAUUCUGAUGGAGAAUUUGUACCUCAGACACGUCCACGUAGUAACACACUUCCAAAAAGCUUUGGCUCUUCUCUAGACCAUGAAGACGAAGAGAAUGAAGAUGAACCCAAGGUCAUUCAGAAGGAGAAGAAACCAUCUAAAGAAGCAACCCUUGAACUUAUUCUUAAAAGACUGAAAGAAAAACGUAUUGAGAGGUGUCUUCCAGAAGAUAUCAAGAAAAUGACCAAAGAUCAUUUGGUAGAAGAGAAAGCUUCUCUUCAGAAAAGUCUUCUUUACUAUGAAAGUCAACAUGGAAGGCCGGUGACCAAGGAAGAAAGGCACAUUGUUAAACCUCUCUAUGAUAGAUACAGGCUUGUAAAACAAAUGCUGACAAGAGCUAGCAUCACUCCUGUCCUUGGAUCUCCAUCCACCAAGCGAAGGGGUCAGAUGUUACAGCCAAUCAUAGAAGGAGAAACUGCACAUUUUUUUGAAGAAAUCAAGGAGGAGGAAGAAGAUGGUGUUAAUCUGUCCUCUGAGUUAGGUGAUAUCUUGAAAACUGCAGUACAGGUACAGUCUUCAUUAGAAAACUCUGAAUCUGAUGUUGAAGAAAAUCAAGAAAAACUGGCUCUGGAUCUCCGAUUGUCAAGUUCUCGAGCAGCUUCUAUGCCUGAAUUAUUGGAACAACUUUGGAAAGCCAGAGCUGAAAAAAAGAAACUACGCAAAACAUUGCGGGAAUUUGAAGAAGCAUUUUAUCAACAAAAUGGAAGGAAUGCCCAGAAAGAAGAUCGUGUUCCAGUGCUUGAGGAGUACAGGGAGUACAAGAAAAUUAAAGCCAAGCUUCGGCUUCUUGAAGUUCUUAUAAGCAAACAAGAUUCUUCAAAAUCCAUAUAAGAUACGUUCCUUGAAAAUUCAUAUCAUAAAGUCAGUUGUAUUCCUUGAAGCUAUCAUCGUGUGUACUUGGCUGGUACUUAAAUUCGUUUUGUCAGGCACUCAGAGAAUCUCAUUUUGUGCUUGGUUGUGGUGCCACUAAACAAAACAAAUGAUGGGAGAGUAAGUAGGCCCUCUCAAGGGAGCGUAAGUGAUGUUCCAUAUUAACCACAGACUGUCCUCUCCACCUUUAGCAAACAUAUGAUUUCCUUCAUUGUUUUGUACUACAGAUACAUCCUUUUAGCAAAAGACUAGAAUUUUAUCCUUUCAACUUCAAGAACUUUGGAAAUGCAAGCUUUUUGUUAUUACCAACUUUUUGUUUCUCAUUACUGAAGAAAAUUGGAGGAAAAUCUUCAUACUGAAUUCUUCUGUUGCCUUUUUCUUACAGAAUGACUGAAAAUUUGAAAGAAAAGCCUAUAAAAGUACACAUAUGCAACUGUGUUCUCUGUUUUCCUAGAAAACCAAAAUCAAACUGAGAUUUCAAGUCCUACUGUGGAACACCUUUCUGUUUAAUUCCCAAAGUGACACCUUCUCACAAGUAGUAUGUUAGUAAAAUUUUGCAAUUCACUGGUCACACAGCUCCUGGAUGAAGAUAACAGUUGGUAGACCAAAAAGUGACCUUGCUUAGUAUAUUGAAAACACACACCACACAUCACACACAGAACUGAAUCAUACCACAUGCUGCCUAUGGGACUUCAGUUACUGUUUCCUGAGUUACUGUUUAUCCGCUGGCAAUGGUGUGAUUUGUCUGGAUCAGAUCUGCGCUGUUCCCCAACCCACCUCCAGAUAAUGUGAGAAAAUAGCCAUGUCAGUAUGUAGGAACUCUGAUGGUGCUCAGAUUUGUGUGUUCAAUCAAUGGGCUUAAAUCAGCAAAAUAUUAUGCCUAAAGUAAAUCUGUUCUUAACAAGGGCUCUACCACUGCAUUUUCACAUGUACCUUCAGGGGGUUAUCUUUUUUUUUCCCCUCCUGUUUUAAUCAGCAAAAUCCAUACCAAAACAACAACAACAACGCCCUCUUAAGCUACCACCCUUUGGUCAGUCAUCACAUGCUGUUUAAAGCAGCUGAUUACAGGAUGUGUAGUGGUAUGCCCCUUGUCAUAUACUCUUAGCAUAUCUUUUUUUCCUUUGGCUUUGCAUGGCUUUUCUUCAGGUACUGUCUUGGUAUCAUUCUGCUAAUCAUUGUUACAGAAUGGUGACUUCAUUUGUGCUAACAAUACAACAGCAGAUUUGGGUCAGGCUUAAUCUAAGUGUUAACUUUUUUUUCCUGGUGCUUUUUUGGAUUGAUGACUGUCUCACUUUGACUAUACCCGUGUUUUGCAUGCAAUGACUCAUGCAUGGUUUUCUUAACUAGCUAUUAUUAACAAUUUGUUCCAUAUAAAAAUGGAAUUUUGCAACAUCCUUUAAUAAGGUGAGGGAAGCAUGAACCUCAGACUUCUGGCACUAUUACAUAGUAAGCACAUGAAGUAGUUUGAUAAUAAAUAGCAGUUCUAGUACUUCACAUUUCACCCGUGUGUGCAAUGCCUUUUUUGGGGGGGUAGGGGGUGAGGGAAAACCUAGUAGUGAAUGUGUAGUUGGGGAAUAAAGAAAAGCACUAAAUCCUGCCCUUUUUGUGUGAUUUCCUUUUGAUACAACUAGGUUAUUCAUAAUGUAUACCUAGAAAAGUGAAAUUGAAAAUGCCAAAAGAUCUGUCAUUUUUAUUUGAAUCCGUCAUGCAGUGUACAUUUCAGAUAAUUUCCUUCAGUCUCCAGAUAGGAGUGUAUCCAAACAUCUAAUUUUAUGUGCACUGUGUAUUUUCUAUGAAUGUUUUAUUUUAUAUACCACAUGCAAAAAUGUCCAUAUGCACUAUUUAAAUGUUUUAAAUAAUAUAUUCCUUCUUUAUAAUGCUAAAUCUAUAUGAGUACCAUAUUUUUAUAAGUCAGUGGCCUGACUGGUUUCAUUUUAGAAUUAACAGCUGCUUCAUGAUGUUAUUCAAUGUUAAUGUUUGGCUGUGAGUAGAAUAUGUAAAAGUGGCAUGGCAGCACUUACGCUCUGUGACAGUAUUGUGUGUCAUAGUUGAGCAGUAGCUGGUAGAAUUAGGCAGUUGGUGAUAGUUUUACUUUGGUACAAAUAAAAACUGUAUAUCUAUAUACAAAUAAUAUAUAGAUAUAUAUGUCGACCAGUAUAAUUGCAUUGCUGUGUCUGGCACUUCAUUGUACAGACUUUUGUAAUAAAAGAACUUGAAAGUUCUAA